CGCGAGCGCUCAGUGAAGCUCGUUCAGAGACGCGGCUGGUCUCUAAACACGGCGCUACGCGGCGCGCUGCGACACGAGCGGUGGGUCAAUGGCGUAGACUGAUCAGAUUUCUUCCAGCUCAGUGAAGGACAUACCCCGCCCACCAACUAAGUCUGUAGACUUACAAGUGAAGAUGGAUAGUGACCGGGGAGAAUCACCACCCAGCCAGGGUGCCAAGGGUGGAACAGGCUUUGGCAGCCUCUUUAGAUCAUCUGGACCAAACUACUCAAACUCUGAGCUUGCUGGAGUGCCAUUGACUGGAAUGAGCCCUAUUUCACCAUAUCUAAAUGUUGACCCCAGAUAUCUUGUUCAGGAUGCUGAUGAGUUUAUUUUGCCUACCGGUGCAAACAAGACCAGGGGUCGCUUUGAGUUGGCGUUCUUCACUAUUGGAUCAUGUUGUAUGACAGGUGCACUAUUUGGAGCCAUUAAUGGACUUAGAAUGGGACUCUCUGAAACCAAGAACAUGGGCUGGUCUAAACCGCGCAAUGUACAAGUGCUAAACCUGGUGACCCGUCAGGGUGCUACAUGGGCAAAUACUCUGGGCUCACUUGCUCUAUUGUACAGUGUGUUUGGUGUGAUCAUAGAGAAGGCUCGAGGAGCAGAAGAUGACCUCAACACUGUGGCUGCUGGAGCCAUGACUGGAGUUCUUUACAAAUCCCCAGGAGGUCUACGUGGAGCAGUCAGAGGGGGUGUUGUUGGCCUGGCACUUUCAGGACUCUAUGCCCUGUACAAUAACUGGGACCACCUGAAAGGCACUCCCACUCGCUACUGAGCUAAAUCCACAACAAAGCCCAUUCAUUCAGUGCUGCUACACGCCAAAACCUGUCUUACAAAUCAUCUAACUGAUUCACUGUAAAGUGACUGUUUUGUGAAUACAGACGUUUGUAAAGAUCAUGCUUGUACAUCUCAGUUCCCACAAAUGCUGCAUUUAAUUUAACUGUAAAUUGCUGGUUUGCUAACUUUAAUAGUGCUGCAAUGUGCAGUUGAUCAUGUGCUCUCAAUCCUCAAAUGCUUUCAAUUUACACUUUGAGGAUUUUUCUCUCAACUAUGAUUUACUCAAACAUUGCACUUUAAAUUGAAAGGAAUGGUUCACAGAUAAGUUAGUAAUGCACUGGAACUUUGAGGCGAUUACAGCAGAAGUCUCUGUAAAUAAAUGUCAAUUACAUAUUGGCUAUAUUAUCCUCAUAGCUUUAGUGAAAACCCAAUGAAGUGUACUUUAGGCAUCAAACAUGUAUUCACUGUUCAGCUAUAUUUGAUUGCUUUAAGAGAACCUACUAUAAAUAAUAUAUGUGGAAGCUUGGCUUAAAUAAAAUGUUUUGUAUCUGUAUGUCA